AUGGCGGAGGACAGCGAGUCUGCGGCUAGCCAGCAGAGCCUGGAGCUGGACGACCAGGACACGUGGGGGAUAGAUGGGGACAAUGAGGAAGAGACUGAGCAUGCCAAAGGAAGUCCUGCAGGGGAUUUGGGAGCCAAAAAGAAAAAGAAGAAGCAGAAGAGGAAAAAGGAGAAGCCAAAUUCUGGAGGCAAGUCUGACUCUGCAUCUGAUUCCCAAGAGAUUAAAAUUCAGCCGCCUUCAAAAAAUCCCACCAUCCCCAUGCAGAAGCUGCAGGAUAUCCAGAGAGCAAUGGAACUACUCUCCGCAUGCCAGGGCCCUGCCAGGAACAUUGACGAGGGCAAACGCAGAUACCAGUUUUGGGAUACACAGCCAGUACCCAAACUAAAUGAAGUCAUAACAUCUCCUGGUGCAAUUGAACCAGACAAGGACAAUGUACGUCAAGAACCAUAUUCUUUGCCACAGGGUUUUAUGUGGGACAAUUUAGACUUGAGUAAUGCUGAAGUGCUCAAGGAGUUAUACACCUUAUUAAAUGAGAAUUAUGUAGAAGAUGAUGACAACAUGUUCCGCUUCGACUAUUCGCCUGAGUUCCUAUUGUGGGCUUUGCGUCCCCCAGGCUGGCUCUUGCAGUGGCACUGUGGGGUCAGAGUGUGUUCAAAUAAAAAACUCGUAGGGUUCAUAAGUGCCAUCCCAGCAAACAUCCGCAUUUAUGACAGUGUGAAGAAAAUGGUAGAAAUCAACUUUCUUUGUGUUCAUAAAAAAUUGAGAUCAAAACGGGUAGCCCCAGUGUUAAUUCGAGAAAUUACUAGAAGAGUGAACCUGGAAGGAAUCUUUCAGGCUGUGUACACUGCAGGAGUCGUUCUUCCUAAGCCAGUGGCCACAUGCAGAUACUGGCAUCAAUCCCUAAACCCCAGAAAAUUGAUAGAAGUGAAAUUUUCUCACUUGAGUAGAAAUAUGACAUUACAGAGAACAAUGAAGCUUUACAGACUUCCGGAUGUUACCAAGACUUCAGGUUUGAGACCAAUGGAACCAAAAGAUAUUAAAGCAGUGCGAGAAUUAAUCAACACUUACUUGAAGCAGUUCCAUCUAGCACCGGUGAUGGAUGAAGAGGAAGUAGCCCACUGGUUCCUCCCUCAGGAGCACAUUAUCGACACAUUUGUAGUGGAGAGCUCCAGUGGGAAACUGACUGACUUCCUGAGCUUCUACACGCUCCCGUCCACAGUCAUGCACAAUCCUGCUCAUAAGAGCCUCAAAGCUGCCUACUCCUUCUAUAAUAUUCACACAGAGACACCCCUGCUGGACCUCAUGAAUGAUGCACUCAUUAUAGCAAAGUUGAAAGGAUUUGAUGUAUUCAAUGCAUUAGAUUUGAUGGAAAAUAAGACCUUCUUGGAAAAACUCAAGUUUGGUAUAGGAGAUGGUAGUUUGCAGUAUUACUUGUACAACUGGAGGUCUGGAGGAACAGAUUCUGAAAAGGUUGGACUUGUACUACAGUAG